AUGCUUGCGGGAUUCGCCACAAUCGCGCCUCUUCAUGACGAGGUAACUUCGGGCACCUCUCGUGCCAGCCAUCUCAUUGUCGAAGUGCCGAUUGAAAAAAUUAAAAACAUCGAUGGAGCCGGCUCGAUUCAUCGAGAAACCAAACAUUUCACCAACACCACAACGAUGCACGGUCCGAAAAGAAUAUUCAAUGGAAAGGGCUUAGCACAAUGGUUUUGGCUGGUGAUUGUCUCAACCUCAUUGGCACUUCUCAUUCUUCAAAUCGUUCUUCUACUCAAAAUGUACUUUUCGAAGCCGACAUUAUCACAGGUCUCAUUUAUAGUUAGCGAAGGCGGAAUGGAUUUUCCGGCGGUCACAAUAUGCAAUUUCAAUCCCGUCAAAAAGUCAUAUGUGAAACAAUUAAACGCGUCGGGCGAUUUGUCGGGCGAAACGCUCGAAUAUCUAUUGCAAACUAAUAUGAACGCGAUGUUUCUUUUUAGCAAUGUCGAUCGGCAAGAAGUGCGAGAAGCACACGCCAACGCCGAAAUCUAUCAGCACAAUCAUCGCGACUUUUCGAUUCUCAAUUUUCUGAACAGCUCGGGAUACGAAUGCGACGAAAUGUUCAAAAUUUGCUAUUUUCGCGGGCGAAUGUUCAAUUGUUGCGAUUAUAUGACGCCAAGAAUAUUGUCGCUGGGCAAAUGUUUCGAGUUGGACCUGCAGACGAACACGCCUGAAUGGAUGAGGAAACAGACGGCGCCGGGCGUCGAAGCCGGACUCCAAAUCAUUCUCGACGCGCAUCUCGAAGAGGAGAUUCGCGGCGAUAUGGAAAACGAGACGAACGCGAUAUUCUCGACGUACUAUGAGAACGGCUUUCGCUCUCAGCAAGCAUGA